ACAUCCGGGUCUUGCGCUGCUGCUGGUGUGCAGACAUUCGGUCCCGAACACAGCGGACCAAAACAGCGGUCAAACCCGACACUUUCCACGUUCAGGACGCUGAAUAAAUGGGAAUGAUGCAGCCUUGGUUUAAACAGAUAAGGGUGAUCCGCUCUUUCAUAGACUGAAUGCGGAGCAAAACAAUCCGCCAGCCUGUCUCUCUCACCACCGCCGCGCUCAGUUUAUAUCUCUCUCUUUCUUUUCGUCCUUCUCUUUUAUCUGGUUUUUACCUCCUCCACUACAGAACUGUCCAGGGCUCAUUUUUAGUGGAUUUCUAAGCCGCAGAGAUGGGUGCGUUUCUGGAUAAGCCAAAGAUGGAGAAGCACAACGCUCAUGGUGAAGGCAAUGGCCUGUGCUACGGCCUGAGCAGCAUGCAGGGCUGGCGUGUAGAGAUGGAGGAUGCGCAUACCGCUGUCAUCGGCCUGCCCAACGGCUUGGACCCCUGGUCGUUCUUCGCUGUUUACGAUGGGCAUGCAGGAUCACAGGUGGCACGUUACUGCUGCGACCACCUCCUGGAGCACAUCACCAACAACCCUGACUUCCAGGGUGGAGGCGGAGGAGGGUGUCCAGCCGUGGAGGCCAGCGUAGACAGCGUGAAAUCUGGAAUCCGUACUGGUUUCCUGCAGAUCGACGAUCACAUGCGGCAGAUCUCGGAGAAGAAACAAGGUGGUGCCGACCGCAGCGGCUCGACCGCCGUCGGUGUGAUGAUUUCACCCCGCCACAUCUACUUUAUCAACUGCGGAGACUCAAGGGGUUUGCUGAGCCGCGGAGGGGCUGUGCACUUCUUCACACAGGACCACAAACCCAACAACCCUUUGGAGAAGGAGAGGAUCCAGAACGCUGGAGGAUCUGUGAUGAUCCAGCGCGUCAAUGGGUCCCUGGCAGUGUCUAGGGCUCUGGGGGAUUUUGACUAUAAGUGUGUGUAUGGUAAGGGUCCCACGGAGCAGCUGGUGUCGCCGGAGCCUGAGGUGUAUGCUAUCGAGCGGUCGGAGGUGGAGGAUGAGUUUAUUGUUCUUGCUUGUGACGGGAUCUGGGAUGUGAUGGCCAAUGAGGAGCUGUGUGAUUUUGUUCGUUCACGACUGGAGGUGACUGAUGAUCUGGAGAGGGUCUGCAAUGAAAUUGUGGAUACCUGUUUGUAUAAGGGAAGUCGUGACAACAUGAGUGUUGUGUUGGUGUGUUUCGUCAGUGCACCGAAGGUUUCCCCUGAAGCUGUCAAAAGGGAAGCAGAGCUUGAUAAAUACCUAGAGAGCCGAGUAGAAGAGAUCCUGAAGAGGCAGGGGGACGAAGGUGUGCCCGACCUGGUACAUGUGAUGCGCACGUUAGCAUCUGAGAGCAUCCCCAACCUACCACCUGGAGGAGAGCUGGCCAGCAAGCGGAGUGUAAUUGAAGCAGUAUACAACAAACUUAACCCAUACAGGAAUGAGGAUACAGACUCUGCAUCCACGGAUGACAUGUGGUAGCCCUGCCCCUUUAAACACUGCACAGAGUUUACAACCCUCCAGUACCCUGCACAACAACCUUUCCUACAGGACCCGGCACCAGAACCCUGCACAAGAACCCUCAACUACUACAGGACCUGCACAAGAACCCUCAACUACUACAGGACCUGCACAAGAACCCUACCACAGCCCAGCUCAGCUGCUCUGGACUGUUCGGAGGAAGAAGAGGUGGAAGAAGAGGAAAGGAACGAGGGCUCCCUCCCCUUGUUCACAUAACGUUCCCUCUCAGUGCUAGGCAAUGGUACCUUCUGGAAAUUUUCUGCAUACUCCUCUGUCCCGAAUCAGUCGUUUUCCAAAUCCUUUUAUCCUUAACAUCACCCUCUUAAAAAAAUCCAACACUUUUUUUUCCAUUUUAAUUUUUUUGUUGUUGUUUUUUUGGUGUAAUUAAUUUGAUUCACAUUUCCUUGUGUGUUUGUAUAUUUCAGCUUUUAUUUCUGUGAAGUGCAAUUGUCUUGUACAAAGAAAAGCCUGUAUCAAAUUCAGCUUGAUAUUUAAGUUUAUAAAAAAAAGACAAAAAUGGCACACCUUUAUGCCCUGCCUGCUUUUGUUUCCUCUCCAAAAGCUGAAGCCCAACACAUCUGCCUCCCUAUUUCCUUUCACUUCUUCUUUUUUUUUAAAUUUUUUUUUAAACAAAAUACAACUUUUUGUAUUGUUACUUUUUAAGUGAAACGGGUAAAUGAUAUGGGCUCACAGUACAGUAAGCUUUUUUGUAAAUCUCACAGCACAGAUGACAGUAAUCGGUAUGUUCUCUCAGUACUACUGUUUUUCUUUUUCUGGUGGGGUGGGUAUUUUAUUUUUUAUUAUAACUUUUUUUAAUUUUAUUUUACUUUUUUGAGGAAACUGCUUUAACUAACUUAUUCUAAGCUGAAGUUGUGUGUGUGAAUGAGUGAGUCUUAUGAGAAAUCAAUGGUGUUGUGUAUGUAUGUGUGUGUGUGUAAGAGGAUGCAUGUUUGAUCCACCAAACUAUUUCCAUAGUGCAAGGUGUGUGUGUGUGUGCGCGUGCAUUGUGAGUCUAUUACCUGAUGCGCUAACCCUGAUUAUCUUUUAUCAUCAACACUAGGACUCUUCUCUACAGUGUUCUGCACUACUGCAGCACUUGAUUUU